UUUAGCGCCACCGUAUCGGGGGCGAGCACGCGAGAGAGAGAGAGAGAGAGAGAGAGAGUGGAGGAUGGCUUCUCUCGCGACCGGAAGCUCAUCGAAGAAUCAGAAGCGUCUGGUCUUCGACAGGCGCUAUGGCUGGAUCUAUGAUCAGUGGAAGGAUCCCUCAGAAGAAGCCUUAUCUGCUGGCCGCGGAAUGUUCUGUAUUUUGCCACUUGCCAGAGCUUUAUUGGCUAUUAUGCUGCAAGCGGUUGAUAUUGCAUCCGACUGUGUGAUCAAAUUCGUUGACAGACCCAAACAGAGGCUCUCAGUGCAAGCUUUUACAACAGAUCUUUAUAGUCAAUUUCAGAAAUUCAGGGCUUCCAUUCCAAAAACAAGGCUCAAUGUGACCUUGAAAAGCGAUUCAUCCAUACUUUCAUGCGGCUGCUUUGAAUUAGUUCAGCAAGAAGGUGAUGAUUCAGAAAACAUGUAAGAAUGCUAGAUGGCACCAACAUCACCAGUCGUCAGUGUUUCAUUGAUGUAAAGUUAUUAACUACUUACCAAACUUUGAUUAUUCUUAGACUCAGGUAUAAGGCGUCUUUGUGGUUUUGAUGUAUUUGGUGUUCUAUUCAAUGUGCCAAAGAUGAUCAUGAUUCUAGCUAAUACACUUCUUAAAUAAACUGCAAA